AUGUACCUACUUACUUAUAGGAUAUGCAUGAUGGUAAUCCUUCGGGGAUCAACAUGCGGUUUGUUCCUUUACCCAGCUGCAGCCAGCCGCACCGCGCCGCUGCGAGGUGGACCAUUGGUCAAUGCCAGUCGGAUUCCCACUACUUUAGCUGCUAGCAUGACGUGGGUGGGGUGGUUAUGGAGGGGUAAAAAAGAAACAUCACUUUCCGAUAAUAUCUCCGCAGAGAGGGAGGAGGGGUGCGGGGCAAGCUCUUUUGGAGCUUUCCCAUGUUGCGCGAGAGCGAAGACGGAGGGGUAA